AUGCCACCCCAACCUUCGGGCAAAGCGGUCAAGAAGGCCGGCAAGGCGCAAAAGCCAGCUCCGAAGAACGUCCGUGCCACGGACAAGAAGAAGAAGAAGCGCAGGAGGAAGGAGAGCUUCAGCAUCUACAUCUACAAAGUCCUGAAGCAGGUACAUCCCGACACGGGCGUUUCCAGCAAGGCCAUGUCCAUCAUGAACAGCUUCGUGAACGACAUCUUCGAGCGCAUCGCUGCCGAGUCCUCGCGCCUGGCGCACUACAACAAGCGGUCGACCACCACUAGUAGGGAGAUACAGACCGCCGUGCGCCUGCUGCUGCCCGGCGAGCUGGCCAAGCACGCCGUGUCCGAAGGUACCAAGACCGUUACCAAGUACACGAGCUCCAAGUAAGCUGCGGUUCGACCACCACCCAGAACAACCAAAGGCCCUUUUCAGGGCCACCCCAAAUGCUUUCCGCAGGGGCGGAGCGUU